CCAGGUCAGAUCCAGUGCCGUGUUUCGGAACGGCCUCUGUGUGCAGCAGCAGCGGCGCAGCCUGGAGCCAGUGGGAAACAGAAACACUAUGGCUGCCGCUCUGUCUCUUACUCAGCUCUCCAGUGGCAAUCCCAUCUAUGACAAAUAUUACAGACAGGUGGAUCCAACAAACAGUGGCCGAGUGGUAGCACCUGAUGCUGCUGUUUUCCUGAAGAGGUCAGGCUUAGCAGACCUAGUUUUAGGGAAGAUUUGGGAUUUGGCAGACUCUGAACGCAAGGGGGCCCUUAAUAAACAGCAAUUCUUUGUAGCUUUACGCUUAGUAGCCUGUGCCCAGAAUGGCCUGGAGGUGGCACUCAAGAGCCUUAAUGUGGCUGUUCCUCCCCCUAAAUUUCACGACACAAGUAGCCCACUGUUAGCUGGAGGAGUGCCUGGUGAUUAUCCCUGGGUAGUGAAGCCUGAGGAGAAGAUGAAGUUUGACGCCAUCUUCGACAGCCUCGGCCCUGUAUCAGGGAUGCUAACUGGAGAUAAAGUGAAGCCUGUGCUGCUUAACUCCAAACUGCCUGUAGACAUCCUGGGAAGGGUUUGGGAGCUUAGUGACAUCGACAGAGACGGCAUGUUGGACAGGGAUGAAUUUUCUGUGGCAAUGUAUCUAGUGUACAGAGCGUUAGAAGGCGAGCCAGUUCCUAUGUCCCUCCCACCUCCCCUAGUACCACCCUCAAAGAGAAAAAAGCCCUCUGUGCCCCCUGUGAUGCCUCUGCUGCCAUCACCGCCCUCGGCUAAAGACAGAAGCUCCUCCCAUUCCAAGACUCUGCCCCACCCCCCUAAACCUGUCCCAGUGUCAGCUCCUGCCCCAUCUCCUGUCCAAACUCCAGCAGCCGCUCCUUGGGUGGUGUCUCCAGCAGACAAAGCAAAGUACGAUGAACUGUUCACAAAAACAGAUUCUGAUAUGGAUGGACUAGUGUCUGGACCGGAAGUUAGAGAUAUAUUUUUGAAGACAGGGCUGCCAUCUGCCACACUGGCUCGAAUUUGGGAACUGUGCGACAUUGGCGAUGUAGGAAAACUGACGCGAGAACAGUUUGCAUUGGCGCUUCAUCUGAUCAACCAGAAACUGACAAAAGGUUUGGAGCCUCCCCAGAGUCUGUCUCCAGAGAUGAUCCCUCCCUCAGACAGGCAGAAUAUAAAACAGAAUAAUUUGGCAGCUGACUUCUCCGCUAUCAAAGAGUUGGAUUCUCUCAGUAAUGAGAUUGUUGAAUUACAAAGAGAGAAGAGCACAGUGGAGGAGGAAAUCAAGGAAAAAGAGGAAGCUAUCAGACAGCGAACAAGUGAGGUUCAGGACUUACAAGAUGAGAUUGCCAAGGAGACAGAAGAAUUGACACGACUCCAAACACAGCGGCAGAAGGUCCAAGAGGCACUGGAGGAGCUAGACCAGCAGAAGUUGUCCCUGGAGGAGCAGUUGUCUCAUAUUCGCCAGCAAACAAGCCAGGAGCACCAAUUGAUCUCUUCACUGCAGUCUGAGCAUGAGGAGCAGGAGCUGAGGAUCUGCCAGUUUGAAGAGGAGCUGGUUCAGGCUAGAGAGGAACUUCUUGCUCUGCAGGAAGAAAGUCGAAAGCUACAGGAGAAGGUCCAGGCAGCUAAAGAGCAGCUGACGCCUUUGCAGGAGUCUGUGAGGGACUCUUUCACACAAGUGGGACAGGUUCAGCAGAAACUGAAUGACCUUCAGAUGGAGGAGCGCUCAGUCACUGCUCAGCUCAGUUGGAAGAGAGCUCUUGAAGAUAGCUCUCCAGUGCCAGUGUUGGUGAAUGGAGCUGGCCCCACAGCAGACAUGCAUCAGGCAGAUCCUUUUCACAAGGACCUACUGGAGGAUGACCAGCCCAAGGACCUGAAGGUGGAGUCACCAGUGGUUAACUCUAAUAUUAUGGCAGAUCCAACUGAAGUCAGUGAAGCAGUGGAAGAAGAAAGUAAAGAGGAAUCUAGUCCAGAAGAAGAAAAGAGUAAACCAGAUCCAUUAGAUGAUCUCUACACCAGUCUAGCCUCAUCAGAUAUAUACAAUAAUUUUUCAAGUCUCGCAAGCCUUGCAAAACCCUGGGAUACAGAAAAGGAACAAAGUAGUUCUACGCCUGAGGUCUCACUUGAAGUAGUUGAAGAUGAUGAUUUGCCCAAAGCCAGUUCACCAACAGUAACAACAAAUGAUGAACCCUCUGAGCCAGAGAGCAAAGAAGAUUCAGAUGCUCCAGAGACUGUACCAACAGCCUCUUCACCACUGCCCACCAGCACUGCCCCCCCACCACAGGCCACAUCCCCUCCUCUGCCCGAGAGUACAGCUCCACCCCAGACCACGCCCCCUCCACUGCCCCAGGGUACUGCACCACCACAAACUAACCCACCUCCUCUGCCUGAGAUGGACUUCUUUGGAUCAGACCCCUUUACUGACCAUGAUCCUUUCAAAGAUGAUCCAUUUGGAAAAGCAGAUGUUGCAGAUCCGUUUGGAGGAGACCCGUUUAAAGGCACGGAUCCUUUUGCUGCAGACUCAUUCUUUACUCAGUCCUCAAGUGUCCCAUUUGCCUCGGGAGACCCUUUCUCUGGAUCAGCUGACCCAUUUACGUCUGAUACCAAUGCACCAGAACCAGACCUGUUUGCUGCAAAGAAAAGUGAUGUACCAGUCCCCCCUCCUGCUAGUUCAGACCCCUUCAGCUCAAAACCGACAAAUCCAACCAUGACAACCCCAGAUCCAUUUAGCUCCACAGAGAACAGUGACCCUGACCCCGACCUGUUUGGAGGGAAAGUGAACGCCCUUAAAGACGCAGAUCCUUUUGGGUCUCACGACGGCAAGUCUGACCCCUUCAGCUCUUCCCCACGUACUUCUGAUUUGACUGUGAAGGAUACUGCGACAGCCAAUGACCCCUUUGCUCCAGGUGGUACUUCAGUAAGCACUUGUUCUGACCCAGAUCCUUUUGCAGCUGUAUUUGGUAAUGAGUCUUUUGGAGGUGGUUUUGCAGACUUUAGUGCCUUGGCCAAGUCUAACGGUGAAGAUUUUGGCAUUAACAACAAGAAUAUAUUCCAAGAGGACAGCACCGAUGUGCCCCCAGCUCUUCCUCCUAAAACUGGCACACCAACGCGACCUCCUCCCCCGCCCCCAGGUAAGAGAUCUUCCAUCUCCAGAACAGAGUCUUCAGACUCUUUCCAUCGACGAGGGCAUUUCCUCCCACAGUCUUCGAGCGACUUCUCCUCUUCCUCCUCCUCCUCUUCCCUGCCUGCCAAGGAUCCGUUAGCUGACCCCUUCGCCCCCUCUUCCCCUCCUCGUCACAACGUUCGAGACGCUGACCGUUUUGCCAGCUUUGAUAAAUAUCCAACAGAAGAAGACAUGAUCGAGUGGGCAAAGCGCGAGAGCGAAAGGGAGGAAAAGGAGCGUCUCGCAAGGCUAACACAACAGGAACAAGAAGACCUGGAACUAGCCAUCGCACUCAGCAAGUCUGAACUGUCGUGAGUAUCCCAUCGUCCCUCUCCAGAACCCCACUCCUCUUCACUGUCCCAGGAGGGCACAGCACAGCACAGCCCGGCCCUGAGCAGAAAGCACCAAAGCAAAGUGGGGAUUAUAUAAUGGACUAAUUCAACAGCGGACCCCAUGAAGAGACUGUAUGGGAACAAAUGCAUCAUCUAUCUUCCAUGACUGUUGUCUGUCCAGUUUCAACGCAGUAUUGUUUUUCAACGCUUUUCAUCCAGAGCAGCAGACCACAGUGGUGUAUUUGGUUUUAAAGGAUGGGUAGUUGAAAAGCCAUGCAGUGAAUAUGGAUUUGGAGAGGUUGCAUUGUUUCCUCAUUACUUUGUCCGAAUGUAUUUAUUUAAACAUUUAAAUGGCCUUUAUCACAAGCCUCUCUAGUUUUACACUAAUCUUAAUGCUACACUUUAUUAAAAUAUUUUUUCUACCUUAUUUCUAGUCUACUAUGUACAUUUGACCUCUAGACAAAAUAAGAGUUAGAAAUGUUACAUAACUUUUUUCAUUCGGUCAUUAAAAAACAACCUGUACAGAUUUAAGUCCUACAUGCAACUAAAGAAUGUGUAUGUUCAUUUUUACACCUUUAACUAGAGGGCCUUUUCUAUGUAAAUUGCAUGUAAUAUUUCAAAUAUGGACAAGGCUUCAAAGUAUGUCAUUUAUAUUUUGCAUUUUUUUAUAUUUUGUGCUGCCACGUGUUGGUAAAUGCAGAUCAUUUUUUAAUUUGUUUAUCUAUUGUGGAAUACUGCAGUCCCUUUUAACAUACAGAUAUGAUACCGCAGUUAUGACAUUCUUGUGGGGUAGUUCACAGAUUUCAGUCACGUAUUCUGGUUAAGGUAUAAUUUUUCUUAUAAAUUAUAUUUUACUCUACAAUAGUCAGCAUUAAGCCAAAUGUUCAACCUUGGAAUUCAUUUGCACAACUUUAAGGUUACCAAUGUAUGUCUAGUGCUGCACUGUGAAAGUUUUUGAAGGGAAUGCCUUGGCCCC